AUGAUGGCCGCGUACCUGAGCGCAGAGGAGAGCGUGAUGGGCCUGAUGGACUCCAGCUCGAGCGAGGCGGCGGAGAAGGAGCAGGCCAAGGAGGACGCCACGGUCGUGGAGAAGAAAGGGGCCGAGAAGCCGGACCCCACCCAGAAGCCCCCCUACUCGUACGUGGCGCUGAUCGCCAUGGCCAUCCGCGAGAGCUCCGAGAAGCGGCUCACGCUCUCCGGCAUCUACCAGUACAUCAUCAGCAAGUUCCCCUUCUACGAGAAGAACAAGAAGGGCUGGCAGAACAGCAUCCGCCACAAUCUGUCCCUCAACGAGUGCUUCAUCAAGGUUCCUCGCGAGGGCGGCGGCGAGAGGAAGGGCAACUACUGGACGCUGGACCCCGCAUGCGAAGACAUGUUCGAGAAGGGCAACUACAGGCGGCGGCGGCGGAUGAAGAGGCCGUUCAGGCCGCCUCCUCCGGCUCACUUCCAUUCCGGCAAGUCGCUCUUCGGCGGGGACGGCUACGGCUACCUGCCCGCGCCCAAGUACCUGCAGCCGGGCUUCCUCAACAGCUCGUGGUCCCUGCCGCAGACGCCCGCGCCCAUGCCCUACGCGCCUAGCGGCAACGCGAGCCCCGUCAACGUCAAGGGCUUGUCCGCGCACUCCUCCUACAGCCCGUACUCUCGCGUGCAAACCAUGCCUCUCCCGGGCAUCGUGAACUCCUACAACGGCAUGAGCGCCCACCACCACCCGCACCACCCCCACCACCACCACUCGCACCCACAGCACCCGCAGCAGCUCAGCCCCGUCACGGCCGCGUCGCCUCCGGUUUCGACGGGCAACAGCGCGGGCCUCCAGUUCGCCUGCUCGCGCCAGCCCGCCGAGCUAUCCAUGAUGCACUGCCCUUACUGGGAGCAUGAGGGCAAGCACUCCACGCUGCACGCGAGGAUCGAUUUAUAACCGACACCCCUCGGACCCCCGGAGGAACCUUGCUUGUGUUUUGGUGGAAGAAGAACAUUUCAAAAGAACUUUAACUGGACGACCACGAGUCGA